AUGCCUAAGGCCGCCUCUAAGGGAAAGACCGGUAAGGUCGAGAAGCGCCGCGCCAAGAAGGACCCCAAUGCCCCCAAGCGUGGUCUCUCUGCCUACAUGUUCUUCGCCAACGAGCAGCGCGACAAUGUCCGUGAGGAGAACCCUGGUGUCUCCUUUGGCCAAGUCGGCAAGAUCCUCGGUGAGCGCUGGAAGGCUCUGAGCGAGAAGCAGCGUGCCCCGUAUGAGGCCAAGGCUGCCACCGACAAGAAGAGAUACGAAGACGAGAAGCAAGCCUACAACGCCGACGGCGACGAGGAGGAGUCUUCUUGA